AUGGAGAAAAUGCCGUUUGCUGUGCUGGACUCUGAGCCGUUCAAAAAGCUGACAAGCCAAAUUUUUUCCGGAUUGGAGAUGAGUCCCAUAACAUCCCGAAAUAUAAUGGAGCACGUGGCGGAAAAAUUUGAAAUUGUCAAGGCAUCGAUUAUAAAGGCAAUGAAGCUAAGAUUAAUUUCCCUCAAGCUUGACAUCGCAUCAAGGCAUAGUAGAGGCAUCUUGGGAGUGAAUGCUCAGUUCUAUGAAAACGAGGCGAUUAAAAUUGUUACACUUGGAAUAAUCGAGCUGAACAAGAAGCAUACCGCCACCAAUCUCAGUGCUGAGAUAGAAAAUAUUUUACAAGAAUUCAGUUUGAUGAAAAACCAAAUUUAUUCAAUUACAUCGGACAAUGGUCGAAACAUAAUAAAAUCCAUUGAGCUUUUGAACGAAGACACCGAUGAUAGCUACGAUGAUGAGGAAGAUGAAUUGGUCCAUCAGGUUAACGUUUUCUCCAUUGCGUCUGUAAAAUGUGCUGCUCACACGCUUCAACUGGCGGUUAGAGACUUCUUUAAAAAUAUUUUUAAUGCUUCUCUAAUUGAUGAAGCUCGCAAGCUGGCGAAGGCAUUGAGGACACCAACCUACAGGCUUUUAAUUUCUAAUGAAGGCUUACCUCAGCCCUUUAUUGACGUUCCUACGAGGUGGAAUUCGACCUUUGAGAUGCUUCAACGCCUUCUCCUGUUUAAAAACUUCAGUGAGAAUAACGUUAGACGAACUAUCACCAACAACAAACUUAAAUUCGUCACAGCCACCUGCGCAUACUUUGGAACAGUCUUCAACAAGCCAGUUCUCGAUCGCGUCGCAGAGCACUUGCUCAUUGUUAAAUGA